AUGGAGUCAAGACCAGGAGUCACACCUGGACAUAUUGGGAAGUCCAACCAGACACAUGUGACAGAGUUCAUCCUGCAGGGGUUCUCAGAGCACCCAGAGCUGCGGCUGCCCCUGUUUGGCUGCUUCUUCUUUCUCUACACCAUGGCCUUCAUGGGCAACGCUCUGAUCAUCACUGUCAUUACCUGCAGCUCUGGCCUCCACAGCCCUAUGUACUUUUUCCUGUUGAACCUGGCCACCAUGGACAUCAUCUGCACUUCCUCUGUGCUACCCAAGGUGCUGGAAGGCCUGGCUUGGGAGGGAAAUGCCAUCUCCUUCCAGGGUUGCAUGGCCCAGCUAUUCUUCCUUGUGUUGUCUGGAUCUUCUGAGCUGCUGCUGCUCACAGUCAUGGCCUAUGACCGUUAUGUGGCCAUCUGCUGGCCACUGCAUUAUGGGACCCUGAUGAGCUUGCAGCUUUGCCUCACACUGGCCAUAGCAGUCUGGAUCAUAUGUGCCAUGAACUCCUCUAUCCACACUGGUCUCAUGGCACAGUUGUCCUUCUGUGGCCCCAAUGUCAUCACUCACUUCUUUUGUGAGAUUCCCCCACUUCUGCUGCUCUCCUGCAGUCCCACCUAUACAAACAGAAUCAUGACAAUGUUGGCAGAGGCCUUCUUUGGAUGCAUCACCUUCCUACUCACCCUUGUGUCCUAUGGCUACAUAAUUGCUAGCAUCCUACACAUCCGCUCAGCUGAGGGGAAGAGGAAGGCCUUCUCUACCUGCUCCUCCCACCUCAUUGUGGUUUCUGUCUUCUAUUCAGCUGUGCUCUGUGCCUACAUCAGCCCAGUCUCCAGCUACAGCCCUGAGAGAAACAAACUGGCUGGAGUGCUGUACACAACUGUGAGCCCCACCCUAAACCCACUCAUCUACACACUGAGGAACAAGGAGGUCAAGUCAGCCCUAAGGAAACUCUUCCCUAUUUGUAGAAAUUAA